AUGUUUAGUCGUUCUUGUUCUCCGGAUUUCGAACGAAAUGAGGCGUUACGGGACUCAUGGGCAGCGCUGAAGACCCAGCCGGACAAUUUUGAUGCUUGGAUAAUACUUCUCACUCAGGCCGAUCAGAGUAAUGAUAUAAAAUUGGCUCGAGACAUGUACGAUCGAUUUCUGAGCAAAUAUCCGUAUUGCUAUGGUUUUUGGAAGAAGUACGCUGAUAUGGAACGUCGCCAUCAACAUUUUUCCGGUGCACUUAAUGUGUGGGAGCGAGGAAUUCUUGCUAUCCCUCUGUCAGUCGACUUAUGGCUUGGUUUCUUGUCAUUCAUGCGCGAAUUAGCACCACAGUCAGAUAGAGGGAUAGAAAAACUCAGAGAGUUAUAUGAGAGGGCUUUGUCUCUCGCAGGAUAUGAAUUCCAUAGCGAUCGUUUAUGGCAAGAUUACAUUGCAUGGGAGGAAGCUCAAGGGGAAUGGCGUAGAGUUGCAGAAAUCUACGAUCGCUUGCUACGUAUACCAACUGCAAUGUAUAAGAGCCAUAUGGAAAGAUUUGAAGCGAUUGUGAAUAUGUGCAAUCCGUACGAUUUAUUAUCAGAAGAGGAAUUCAAUGAUAUUUUUGAUAUCGUUAGAAGAAAAUGCAAUAUUGGGGUUGAUCAGAUAGUUAUUGAUGAGAGCAUAGUGAACACUGGUGCUGCUGGAGGUACUGAGAUUGCUGAGGCAUCCAACUUUCUUCCAGUUAUACGGAAAAAGAUUCAUCCUGAUGGCUUGCCACAUUUUCAAGCUGAAAUUUUGUCUCGCCGUUAUCGAUGGCACAAGGAAACCGAGGCAAUGGUUAACGCUCGUUUACCAUUUGAGGAUCAGAUCAAGAGGCCGUACUUCCAUGUGAAACCCUUAGAAGCGGAACAGUUAAAAAACUGGCGUUUGUAUCUGGAUUUUGAGAUUAUCGAAGGAGAUGAAAAUCGAAUAACGGUGCUUUUUGAGCGAUGUCUCAUCGCAUGUGCGCUUUACGAUCAGUUUUGGACUAAGUUUGCGCGUUGGACACGUAAACACCGUGGCUCUACUGAGGCUCGGAAUGUGUAUCGCCGUGCCCGUCAACAUAUUCCUGGAAAUGUACGCCUGGCUCUUGCUUAUUCGGCAUUUGAAGAAUCUCUCGGUGACUACGCUGCAGCUGGAACCAUACUGAAUUCAUUUCGUAGGAAAUAUCCCGGUUAUGCAGCGAUCGAAUUGCGCCUUAUCGGGAUGUUCCAUCUGAAGUUUCGCAAUGAUAGGAGGUUGGCUGAAAAAAUUAUAAGGAGAGCUUUGGAAAGAGAUCGAGACAAUGUUCAACUUUUGCUGCAACUAAUCGAUCUCGCAUUCACUAAUCCUGAAUUUUCACAGACUGCUGUUAUCGAAGCUUUUGAUUUUGCAAUCAAGUCGAACAUAUCUGAUGCUGAGAAGCUGCAAUUUAGUCAGCGGAAGUUGGAUUUUCUGGAAGAUCUCUCUUAUGACAUUGAUAUUCUGCAAGAACAUCAAGAUGCUCAUGUUGCGCUUCUGGCUGAACUAGAAAACCCACCGAUAACUACUCGAAAGCGAAGGUAUAAUGGCAGGGAGGAUUCUAAAUACUACAGUGACAGAGACCGUGAUCUUCCGCUCCGAAGAGGGAGCCGCUAUUCUGAGCAUCGAGACGUCCGUGAUUCAUAUCGUGAGAAUUUUCGUGGAAUGCGUGAGAGCACGGGAUAUUACAUGUCUCCUAAUGGUGUAGAGAAACUGUCAAUAAAAUGUCAUAACGUUGUUGAAUUCUCCGAUGAAGUUAGGCGAGAAAUUUUGAUCGCGUUACUCGCAGGUCCACAUGGCUCAUCCGUUACUUGCAAAGCGGUCAAGCGCGGAACAGAAUUGAUGCCGUUCUGA